AUGAAUCCGGGUUGCUUUGGAAACAAGAUAACGCACAACUUCCUGACAGUUAUGGUAUGGCAUUGAAGCGGUUUAUUUGCCUGGAAGCAAAGAUGGAGAAAGAUCCACAACUAAAAUUGAACUUGCAUAACCAAAUCAAACAAUUUGUCAAGAAGGGCUACAUUCGGAAAUUGUCGAAGGAAGAGGUGAAGCAAUGCGAAUAUCCAGUUUGGUACUUGCCGACUUUCCCAGUAUUCAAUCCGAAGAAACCAGAAAAGGUGCGUUUGGUGUGGGAUGGUGCCGCUAAGGUCCAAAACACGUCGCUAAAUUCAAAUUUAUUGGUUGGACCAGAUGAACUUGUUCCGCUACCCGAGUUACUUCGCCGCUUCCGAGAACGUAAAAUUGGCAUCAUUGGAGACAUCGAAGAGAUGUACCAUCAGAUAAAAGUGCCAGAAAGCGAUCAACACGUACAGCGAUUCCUAUGGAGAGACGAUCCGUCACAAGAGCCCGACGUCUAUGUUAUGAUGGUCAUGACAUUUGGGUCAAAAUGUUCUCCAAGCACAGCGCAAUACGUGAAGAAUAAAAACGCUAAAGAAUUCGAAGAAAAGUUUCCACGAGCAGCCGAGGCUAUUAUACAAAAUCACUAUGUCGACGACAUGAUUGACUGCACCGAUUCGGUGGACGAAGCGGAAACAUUAAUUAAAGACGUAAAGAUGAUUCAUCAAGCCGGUGGUUUCAACAUUCGAAAAUUCAAUUCAAAUUCGAAGAAGCUAUUGGAAAGAAUAGGUGAAAAUGCAACGACGCAAAACAAAGAUCUCAACAUUGGCGCCGAGCUCAACAAAGAACGUGUGUUAGGCAUGUUUUGGGACACUACAAACGAUGCAUUCACGUAUUCACUCAGAUUCACGAAAAUCAACGGAAAAAUGAUGUCUGGUGAAUAUUGUCCUACAAAGCGGGAAGUCCUACGAAUAUUGAUGUCAGUGUUUGACCCGAUUGGACUGAUCUCAAAUGUUCUCGUUUACGGUAAAAUUCUACUGCAAGAGAUCUGGCGAAGUCAGAUCGAGUGGGACGACAGGCUUACCGAAUCGCUUCAUCACAAAUGGGUUAGUUGGAUACGAGCUUUACCAAACGUUGAAAAGUUACAAAUUCCGAGGUGGUACUCAACUAAAUUGGCACCAGAAGUUCAGAAAUCCAUUCAAUUGCAUACAUUCGUUGACGCUAGUGUUGAAGCGUGCGCAGCGGCAACAUAUUUACGGAUCGAAACUCAGGAUGGAGUAGAUUGUUGCCUAGUAAGUGCAAAAACGAAAGUUGCCCCAACGAAGCAAUUGACUGUUCCACGACUCGAGCUGCAAGCAGCUGUAAUUGGAUCGCGAUUAGCUGAAAACGUAAAUAAGAGUCUAACGGUGAACAUCGAAAAACAUUUUUAUUGGACGGAUUCGCAAACGGUAAUGGCUUGGAUCAAUUCAGAAUCGAGACGAUACAGCCAAUUCGUUUCAUUUCGUGUUGGGGAGAUAUUGGAAUCUACAGAUUUGGCUCAAUGGCGUUGGGUACCAACAAAGCAUAAUGUAGCUGAUGAAGCUACGAAAUCAAAAUUGGUUCCGAAUUUGAACGCCAAUGCCAGGUGGUUCAAAGCUCCGCCGUUCUUGUACAACGAAGAGAACAGCUGGAUCAAUGGUAUCGACAAAUUCACGACUGAAGAGGAACUCCGACCGUGUUUCGUUUUGUCGAUUCGAGAAAUUCACCAAGAACGACUUAUUGAUCUGGAUAGAUUUUCGCAAUGGAAUCGACUGGUGCGUACGCAGGCCUAUGUUCUCCGAUUUAUUGAAAACACGAGACGAACCAAGUAUAGUCGCAUAGUUGGUGUUUUGACCCAAGAAGAAUUAUGUGAAGCAGAAAAUCAUCUAUUUCGAAGAGCCCAACGAGACGUUUUUCUGGACGAAAUUCUCAUUCUGAAACGAAACGAGUCUGCAGAAACACCAGAAGAGUUUGAACCAUCGAGCGAACUUCGAAGGUUUUCGCCGUAUUUGGAUGAACAAAACGUUUUGCGAAUGAAAGGAAGAAUAGACGCCGCACAAUCAGUUACACAAGAUACAAAGCGGCCAAUAAUACUUCCUCGUCGUCAUCGAGUCACUCAACUGUUGGUCGAUUCGUAUCACAAGCGAUACAAACACAUCAAUCAUCACACAGCUAUCAACGAAAUUAGACAAAAAUUCGUCAUUCCUGCGUUACGAGUUGUGAUGAAAGGUGUCAGAACUAUGUGUCAGAAAUGCAAAAAUGCAUCAGCAAUGCCGAGGAUACCAGAGAUGGCCGGAUUACCUUUUGCCAGACUUGCCAUAAAUACACGGCCAUUCACAUUUACUGGAGUCGAUUAUUUCGGGCCAUAUUCUGUUAAAGUCAAUCGCAGUAUCGUUCCGAAGUACGGAGUCCUGUUCACAUGUUUAACCACAAGGGCAAUUCAUUUGGAAGUGGCAGACUCUCUUAACACGAAUAGUUGCAUCGAUGCCAUUAUACGAUUUUCCGCACGAAAGGGACAGACCCGAGAAUUCUUCAGUGAUAAUGGAACCAAUUUCCAUGGAACGGAUAAUGAACUGAAGAAGGAAUUUGAUAAAUUGGACAAAGACGCCAUUCAACAACGAUUUACGUCGUCUGAACAGAAGUGGACGUUCAACCCGCCUACAGCCAGUCACAUGGGCGGUGCUUGGGAACGGCUGAUUCGAAUUGUUAAGAGUUGUUUGAAGCAAAUGCUAACAACAAAGACUCCGAGUUACGAAAUGUUGGUUACAUUGAUGGCAGAGGUCGAGAAUAUAGUCAACUCGCGACCCCUAACAUAUGUUUCGCUGGAAUCAGAUGAAGACGAAGCAUUAACGCCCAACCAUUUUUUGUUUGGAUCAUCCAACGCAUUGAAGCCAAUUGGAGAUACCACACCGAGAGAUCUUAACCGAAACGAUUGGCGGGCACUUCAAGAGAUGACUAAGCAUUUUUGGCAUCGGUUCGUGUUAGAAUAUCUACCAGAUCUAACAAAGCGCACAAAGUGGUUCAAAUCUGUAGAGCCGAUUAAAGUGGGCGAUGUCGUCCUCAACAUUGAUGAACGCAAUCCGAGAAAUGAAUGGCCGAAAGGAAUAGUAGAGGAGGUCAUCGUCGCCAAAGAUGGAUGCAUUCGGCAGGUAAUGGUGCGAUUCGAAAAGAAAACACUGCGAAGACCGGUGUCCAAGUUGGCCAUCAUGGAGAUCUCGCCGCCCAACGAAGAGCAGAAAGUUAACCUGAACCAUAUGGGGUCAGUUAACGGGGGGAAGGAUGUUGGGCAACGCUGCAAGGAUGACAGCACCGACUCAACGACGAGAUUGCCAGAUGGCAACAAAAAGUAGUUGAGUGACAGUUGAGAGAUUUUUUGUUCUUUACUUUUCGCCGGCCGACCGUUUAAGUUGAUGAUUCAAUAGUUAACCAGUAUUCGGAAUUAAAUUUAAAUUUAAAAGUCGACACAAGUCGCAUUAGCAUUAGAUUAAGUUUCGUGAGUGAAAAUAAAAGCGAAAGUCGUGUGUGUGAUUCUGUUUAGCGACGGAAUUUCCGGAAUAGCCGAAAGGUAAAUAAAUAAUUUGUUCAACUGCCAUGUGCGCAACUGAGUAAAUGUUCCGAUGAAUUUGUAGGCCUAAUAACCAUCGACACAGAAUACGUUCAUGCUGGGUCGUAACUUUAAGUUUAGCAGAGCGGUAUAGAGCGUAAGGAUUUUCUUUAGUAUUAUUUGACCGCUGGUAAUUUGAGGUUAUGUUAUUUAGGAUCCGGAUGUACACACACACACGGACUUUGUAAUUUGAAUUGUUUGAGCAUACGCAGAGGAUACAAGAUAAUUUUGAAGUGUUAUAGACAGUAACACGAGCGACAAUAAAAUUAAAGGAAAACGCAAACUACCGUCUAUUCACUGGUCAAAACCAACUCCUUUGCGGGUGCACGCGUGAAACGAAUUUUCACAAAUUGAAUGUAAAACAA